AAAUGGCCAAGUGUUUUGGCUGUAUGGUUGGACGGUGUUCGCUCGUUUAGCAAUCUUCUCUCUAUUAACGAUGUCGAUCAAUUUGGUGAUGCUAUGGUAACGUGGUGGAAUUCGAUUCAACCAAACUGGAGGCAGAGUGCAGAGGGGCUGCCGCAAUGCAAGUACGAUGAAACAUUUACGUGUCUGCACAAAGGAGGCCAGAAUGGGAUUGUCACAGUGAUAUUUGGUCUUUUCUGGUGGAGAAAG